AUGAGCUCUACAGCCGUUGGAAUCACGUCGUUAGCGGCUGCCGCGGCAACUCUCGCUUCGCUUGUUGGAGUGGUGGUCAUAGUUCAGGAAAUCGACAACGUGAAGUUUGACAUAGAGACAAAUAUGAGGGAAGCCAAGGAAAUGGCUGAUUACACUUGGUUGCGGCUAAUGAAGGAACAGCUUCCUAAUGCAAGUGGGAGAAGACCCACAAGGGAAAUUCCGUUCGGAAGAAGCAAGAGGCAGGCUGAAUGCCAAUGUGGUACGCAACCGCAGAACUGCCCAGCCGGUCCACCUGGCACACCAGGUCAACCGGGCGAUCGAGGACUUGACGGGACACCAGGUGAAGCUGGAAAACUUGGAGUGCGUGGGAUCUCCUUAGCUGUCACCCAGAACAUACCUGGAGGAUGCAUUCAAUGCCCUCCAGGACCCCCAGGACAACCGGGAAGUAGAGGAAAUGAAGGACCAGCUGGACAGCCUGGCGAACAAGGGCAGAUGGGACCUCCAGGAAAUGACGGAGUUCCGGGAAGCCUAGGUCCAGUGGGAGAUCCAGGUCGCGCUGGCGAGCCAGGCUUACCUGGCCAAGCUGGAAUUGCCGGACAAGAUGCGCAAAGUCCAGAACCUGGUCGACCGGGCGAACUUGGUCCUCCCGGUCCACCAGGUCCACCAGGAAUUGCAGGAAAGAAUGGGACUCCAGGAGAUGAUGAGACUGCUGGAAAUGUUGGGGCUCCUGGCCGUGACGGCAAUCCCGGAAGACGAGGAGAUGACGGUGAGCAAGGAAUGACUGGAGUAGACGGUUACCUCGGUGAGGACGCGGGAUAUUGUCCUUGUCCGAUCAAUGAUGCUUCCGCACAAAACAAACAGGCGAAGACAAAGGUGAAGAAGGUGGUGAAGAAAGUGGCGAAGGUGCGGGUGAUAAGGAAAAUGGUGAAGAAGAUGGUGAAAAAGAUCUAA